AGCACCCUGACUGGAUUCUAUUUAACACACUUGUCAAACUGGCAAUACUCCCUCCUGGUAAACUGUACCUUCAGAAUGCUUCAAGCCAAGACGGCCUCAGGUCAUCCAUCACUUUGGCUCUUUGUGGUGUUUUCACUUCACAGCUCGGCACUGAGCACCCACAAUGCCUCUGGGCUUUCCCCGCGGACCUUCUCUGGCCACGCUGGGGACUACGUGGACAUGUCCGGGUUCGACAGCCUGAGCGACGUCGCCGGCUCCGGUUCCCAGGCCGUGCCGGUGAGAAGACACCGCGGCUCACAGCGCCACGCUCCCGGGCGCUACUUUGUCUCAGAGGAGGCCAAGCGGUUCCUGCGCAGUUGCCUGACCACCGCCUUCGUCCCGACGGUCUACACCCUCGUCUUUGUCGUCAGCGUGCCGCUCAACCUCGUCGCCGCGGUGAUGUUCGUGCACCCCGUCCGCCCGAGAAAGCCCGCCAUUAUCUACAUGCUGAACCUGGCCUGCGCUGACCUGCUCUUCGGCCUGUUCCUCCCCUUCAAGAUAGCUUACCAUUACCACGGCAACAACUGGAGCUACGGCCCGCCCAUGUGCAGGGUCGUGACCGCGGCGUUCUACUGCAACAUGUACUGCUCCGUGCUGCUCAUGGCGUGUAUCGGCACGGACCGCUUCCUGGCCGUGGUCUAUCCCAUGAACUCGCUGACGUGGCGCAGCCGUCGGACGGCGUGGGCCGUGUGCGCCGGCAUGUGGCUGCUGGCCCUGGCGGGGGUGGCGCCUCUUUUGGCCUCGGGUCAGACGGCGUACUUGCCCCACCUGGACAUCACCACCUGCCACGACGUGCAAGAUUCCGAGAAACUCAAAUCCUACUAUCGCUACUUCUUCCCCGUCUACUGCUCCGUGUUCUUCUUCAUCCCUCUCGUGUUGACGGUGGCGGCCUACGUGCGCGUCAUCCGGGCCUUGGCGGCCGCCAAUGUGGAGAACCGUUCCAAAAAGACUCGGGCGGUGGUGAUGGCCGCGGUCGUGCUUGUCGUGUUCGUGGUCUGCUUCGCCCCCGCUAACAUCAUCCUGAUGGUCCACUACGUCGAGGUCGACCACAAGUCUGGCGACACCUCCUACCGGGCGUACCUGCUGGCCACGUGCGCGGGGAGCCUCAGCUGCUGCCUGGACCCGCUCCUCUACUACUUCGGCUCAGCUCGGUGCAGGAAACGGGCGGCGGCGCUGCUCGGAUGCCGGCGUCCGCAUCAGACGGCGAGCAGCUCACGCACGCAGAGCUCCAGAACCAGCGGCGAGUCGGGCAAAUUGGAGGUUGUUCCAAGUGGCUCGGGGGGCCACUACUGACACAGCUCUGCAACAGGAAGACAGAUAAAGACAAAAAGGAGAAAGAGAGACAAAAUGAAGUCAAUAUGAAAUACUGUAUGCCUUUAUUGUAAGUACAGUGGAAUGAUUCCAUGUCUAUGUGUUCCUUUGUCCCUUCGUGGUGCAAAAGGAAACUAUAACACACACUCCCUUUGGAAGGCUAUUCUCCCAUCGCCAUAUUGUGGCAACCUGAAUAAAUGGCACUCAUCCGACAUUCAAGUCACUGGUGUCAAACCGGUGGCCCGGGGGGCCGGAUCCGGUUGUAUGUGGCCCGCGAGAGUGUGCGUCAACUUUGUUUCUUGCUAAAAUAGCAAAAUUCCAAAUUGGCUUCACUUUUAAAAAUAUUGAGAUAUUGCAUGCAUUUUUUUGUUUGUUACCAACCCCAAUUUUAAAAUAAAAUUGAUUCAUACUGUAGUUGAACAAACAGUUUUGUUUUUUUUUACUGGCUUUUGAUUUCAAAAGUAAUUAUCCGUGAAUUUGCGUAUAUGUAAUAAUACGAUGCAGAAAAUGAUUUCAAAAAUGAU